AUGAAUUUCUGCAAAACACACAACCCUUUUCAAGUAUUACACUGUGUACGUGGUGUUUAUUACGCUUACGAAAGGGAUGAUUUGGUGAGGCUAAGAGAUUAUCUGAAGUCUCCUACGUUUAACGUGAGAGGAAAUUGGUCAGGACCGCCUUGUACCAACAACAGUAGCAGAUGGGUUGGUGUUUCUUGCUUGAACUCACAUGUUGUCCACCUUGUGCUUGAUGAAUUGCACCUCACAGGGUCUCUCCCUCCUGGAUUCCUGGAAAAUGUUACUUUCCUGAGUAGACUUAGCUUCAGAGACAACUUCAUAUCCGGUCCCCUUCCUAACCUUACAAAACUUGUAUACCUGCGAGAUGUGUUGCUCUCUGGUAACCGGUUCUCAGGUCCGAUCCCUCUAGACUAUGUCGACCUGCUGAGAUUGAAGUAUUUAGAGCUGCAUGAGAACAAUUUGAGCGGGCAGAUCCCGCCUUUCGGUCAAUUGACUCUGGUAGGUUUCAACAUCUCGUAUAAUCGUCUCGAGGGCCCUAUUCCACAAACUCGUGUUCUUCAAAACUUUCCAAGAAGUUCCUAUGAUGACAACACGGGUCUUUGUGGAAGACCCCUGGAGACUCCAUGUCCAGUGGCACCUUCUCCAUAUAUUCCACCAACACCAACUCCUGCACCUGUUCCAUUUAUUCCACCACCGGUCCAGCUAACGAAAGGUCUACGAGCAUGGAUUAUUGCUCUUAUUGCUGCAGCGGCAGUUCUGGUUCCUUUAAUUAGUGUGGUCAUUUUCGUGUUCUACUGUAAAAUGGGGUUCAGUAGAAAAGAGCAAGCAAGAGAAGAUGAGGACGUCAGUGGUCCGGUUGAGAUGAUGGAGAGAAAUAGGCUUCAUUUAAAGAGCAGGGAGGAUCCAGAAAGGACAGUGGAACUUGAUAUUUUCAGCAGGGAGAUUCAAGCUUUUGACUUGGAUGAUUUACUGAGAGCGUCAGCUGAAGCACUCGGAAGAGGGAAACUAGGAACUACUUAUAAGGCGAUAUUGGAGUCCAGUUCGGUCGUUGCCGUUAAGAGACUCAACAACAUGAAUGGGCUGGGCAAGAAAGAAUUCAAACAGCAAAUGCGUACGCUAGGAAACCUGAGGCAUGAAAACCUUGUCAGGGUCAUCUCCUUUUACUAUUCCAAGGAGGAGAAGCUGGUCGUCUCUGAAUUUGUCUCUGGUGGCAAUGUGUUCGAGCUUUUACAUGAGAACAGAGGACCUGGAAGAGUACCUCUGGCUUGGGACACGAGACUAUCCAUCAUUAAGGACAUGGCCAAGGGCCUGAGUUUCCUGCACCAGUCUUUUUCAUCUCAGAAAGUUCCGCAUGCAAAUCUCAAGUCUUCCAAUGUUCUUCUCUCUCGUAGCAACCAGAACUUUUGCACUAAGUUAGCAGAUUUCGGGUUCUUUCCAUUACUUUCACCACGGAAGUCAUCAGAAAAUCUGGCAGUUGGAAGGACGCCGGAACUUUCCCGGGGAAAGAAGCUUACAAACAAAUCGGACAUCUACUGCUUCGGAAUAAUAAUACUAGAGCUCAUGACUGGUAGAAUCCCGGGGGAGACCAUGGAUGAUGAUCAGGAAUUGGCCAGUGAUCUUUCGGAGUGGGUGAAAAUGACGGUGCACGGUGAGUGGUCCACUGAUAUAUUGGAUGUGGAAAUAUUUGCUGCCAAGGAAGGGCACGAUGACAUGCUCAAGCUCACAGAGAUAGCUCUGGAGUGUACGGAUUUAGUUCCAGAGAGGAGACCUGAGGCGAGUGAGCUUCUUAGAAGAAUAGAAGAGAUCGAGAUCGGAAACCAAGAUAACAACUGAAGAACCCAUGACCGUUUCAAGUAAAGAACUUCAAGUUUUGCUGCUCCAGCAACGGGUGGACCCAACUCUUUAACUCAUUCUUUCGACGCAAAUUCUGCGCAUUCGUAUUUCUCAACAGGCAUCUGUAUGAUAUUGAUUGCAGAUGCCACAUGAAAUCACUUCAACCCCACGGUUCGUCUUUUGACUCAAACACAAUAAUUAUCAGGCCUGGCCUAGCUACAAGAAUGAAAUUCACGUUCUUGUAGUAUUUGGCGAUCGCUAUCAUCGAUGGACAGCUUAGACAUUGAUCCUACUAUUCUUUCAUGUAAUGAGCAGUAACAAAGCCUCUAAUUCAAAACUCUGGU